AUGGAGCGGCGGCUGCGCGCGCUGGAGCGCCUGGCGCGGGGCGAGGCCGGCGGCGGCCCCGGGCUGGACGGCCUCCUGGACCUGCUGCUGGGGCUGCACCACGAGCUCAGCAGCGCCCCCCUGCGGCGGGAGCGCAACGUGGCGCAGUUCCUGAGCUGGGCCGGCCCCUUCGUGCAGAAGGUGAAGGAGCUGUGUCUGCAGAGAGAUGACUUUGAGAUCCUGAAGGUGAUCGGCCGAGGGGCCUUUGGGGAGGUCGCCGUGGUGAGGCAGAGGGACACCGGGCAGGUUUUCGCCAUGAAGAUGCUGCACAAGUGGGAGAUGCUGAAGAGAGCCGAGACGGCCUGCUUCCGGGAGGAGCGAGAUGUCCUGGUGAAGGGGGACAGCCGCUGGGUGACCGCUCUGCACUACGCCUUCCAGGACGAGGAGUACCUGUACCUGGUCAUGGACUACUACGCGGGCGGGGACCUCCUCACGCUGCUCAGCCGCUUCGAGGACCGCCUCCCGCCCGAGCUGGCGCAGUUCUACUUGGCCGAGAUGGUGCUGGCCAUCCACUCCCUGCAUCAGCUGGGCUACGUCCACAGGGACGUGAAGCCGGACAACAUCCUGCUGGACCUGAACGGCCACAUCCGCCUGGCCGACUUCGGCUCCUGCCUACGGCUCAACGAGAGUGGCAUGGUGGACUCGUCCGUGGCAGUGGGGACGCCAGACUACAUCUCCCCCGAGAUCCUGCAGGCCAUGGAGGAGGGCACCGGCCACUAUGGGCCUCAGUGUGACUGGUGGUCGCUGGGGGUCUGCGCCUACGAGCUGCUCUUCGGGGAGACCCCCUUCUACGCUGAGUCCCUCGUGGAGACCUACGGCAAGAUCAUGAACCACGAGGACCACCUGCAGUUCCCGCCAGAUGUGCCCGAGGUGCCCGCCAGCGCGCGGGACCUCAUCCGCCAGCUGCUGUGUCGCCAGGAGGAGCGGCUGGGCCGCGGCGGGCUGGACGACUUCCGGAACCAUCCCUUCUUCGAGGGCGUGGACUGGGAGCAGCUGGCGACCAGCACCGCUCCCUACAUCCCUGAGCUCCGCGGGCCCCUGGACACCUCCAACUUUGACGUGGACGACGACACGCUCAACCACCCAGGGACUCUGCCACCGCCCACCCAUGGGGCCUUCUCAGGCCAUCAUCUGCCGUUUGUGGGCUUCACCUACACCUUGGGCAGGCCCAGUCCUCAGAGUGCUGCCGAGCCGGCGAGCGCCGUGGAGCAGGACGUCGAGCUGAGCUGGAAGGACUCAGAGACGCUGAGGGAUGGCAAGGCCCCCUUGUCCCCGCGGGACAGUGACCUGCAGCAGGAGAGGGACCAGCUGUGCCAGGAACUGGCCGAGGCCCGGGCAGCGCUGCAGGCCCAGGCGCAGGAGCUGUGCCGAGCGCAGAGCCGGCAGGAGGAACUACUCCGGAGGCUGCAGGAGGCCCAGGAGAGGGAGGUGGCCGCAGCCAGCGGGGCCCAGGCCCUGAGCGCCCAGCUGGAGGAAGCCCAGGGUGCCCGAAGAGAGCUGGAGGCCCAGGUGGCCACCCUGAGCCGGGAAGUGUCGCAGCUCCAGGGACAGCAUGCGCGAAGCCGUGACAAGGACACCUCCCCGGCCGAGUCCUCGCACACAGCCUCUGAGGCCAGCGGCUCGGGAGCGCCCCGGGGUGGGCCUGAGGAGGCCCAGCUGCGCAGGGAGGUGGCUGCACUGCGUGAGCACCUGGAGCAGGCCCGCGGCCUCGGGCCGGGCGGGAAGGAGGAGGCCCUGCGCCGGCUGCAGGAGGAGAACGCGCGGCUGAGCCGCGAGCAGGAGCGGCUGGCCGAGGAGCUGGAGAGGGAGCAGCAGAGCAAGCGGCGGCUAGAGGGCGAGCGGCGGGAGACGGAGAGCAGCUGGGAGGCCCAGAUCGCCGACAUCCUUACCUGGGUGAACGACGAGAAGGUCUCCAGGGGCUACUUGCAGGCGCUGGCCACCAAGAUGGCCGAGGAGCUGGAGUCCCUGGGGCACGCAGGCCCCCAGACGCUCCCUACCCGGCCUCUGGACCACCAGUGGAAGGCGCGGCGUCUGCAGAAGAUGGAGGCCUCGGCCCGGCUGGAGCUGCAGCUGGCGCUGGAGGCCGAGAUCCGCGCCAAGCAGGGGCUGCAGGAGCGCCUGACCCAGGCGCAGGAGGCCCAGCUGCAGGCGGAGCGCCGGCUGCAGGAGGUGGAGAAGCAGAGCCGGGCCCUGCAGCAGGAGCUGGCUGUGCUGCGCGAGGAGCUGCGGGCCCGUGGGCCCGGGGAUGUCAAGUCCUCAAAUUCCCUGAUUCCCUUCCUGUCUUUCCGGGGUGCAGAGGAUUCCGCCAAGGACCCUGGCACCUCGGGAGAGGCCCUGAGGCCUGGGGUGGAGCCGGAGCUGAGGCCCGAGGGCCGGCGCAGCCUGCGCGCAGGGGCUGCACUGCCCCGAGUGCCUACGGCUCCCACGGCCCCUGCAGAAGGCCCUCCUGUUAAGCCCGGCUCACACACGCUGCGCCCACGGAGCUUCCCUUCCCCCACCAAGUGUCUCCGCUGCACCUCGCUGAUGCUGGGCCUGGGCCGCCAGGGCUUGGGCUGUGACGCCUGCGGCUACUUCUGUCACUCAGCCUGCGCCCCACAGGCCCCGCCCUGCCCUGUGCCCCCUGACCUCCUCCGCACGGCCCUGGGCGUGCAUCCCGACACGGGCACGGGCACCGCCUACGAGGGCUUCCUGUCGGUGCCUCGGCCCUCGGGCGUCCGGCGCGGCUGGCAGCGCGUGUUCGCGGCCCUCAGCGACUCCCGCCUGCUGCUGUUCGAUGCCCCCGACGUGCGGCUCAGCCCGGCCAGCGGGGCCCUCCUGCAGGCCUUGGAUCUGAGGGACCCCCAGUUCUCGGCCACCCCUGUCCUGGCCUCUGAUGUUAUCCACGCCCAGUCCAGGGACCUGCCGCGCAUCUUCAGGGUGACGGCGUCCCAGCUGACCGUGCCGCCGACCACGUGCACCGUGCUGCUGCUGGCCGAGAGCGAGGCGGAGCGGGAGCGCUGGCUGCAGGUGCUGGGCGAGCUGCAGCGGCUGCUGGCGGACAGCCGGCCGAGGCCCCGGCCCGUGUACAUCCUCAAGGAGGCCUACGACAACGGGCUGCCGCUGCUGCCCCACACGCUCUGCGCGGCUGUCAUUGACACGGAGCGGCUUGCCCUGGGCACCGAGGAGGGCCUCUACGUGAUCCACCUGCACAGCAACGACAUUUUCCAGGUCGGGGAGUGCCGGCGGGUGCAGCGGCUGGCCGUGAGCCCCAUGGCGGGCCUGCUGGUGGCGCUGUGCGGCCGCGGCCCCAGCGUGCGCCUCUUCCCCCUGGCUGAGCUGGAGAGCGCCGAGGCGGCGGGCGCCAAGAUCCCGGAGUCGCGAGGCUGCCAGGCGCUGGCCGCCGGGCGCAUCCUGCAGGCCCGCACCCCCGUGAUCUGUGUCGCCGUGAAGCGCCAGGUGCUCUGCUACCAGCUGGGCCCCGGCCCCGGGCCCUGGCAGCGGCGCAUCCGGGAGCUGCAGGCGCCCGCCCCCGUGCAGAGCCUGGGGCUGCUGGGUGACCGGCUGUGCGUGGGUGCCGCGGGGGCCUUCGCGCUGUACCCGCUGCUCAACGAGGCCGCACCCCUGGCCCUGGGGGCUGGCCUGGGGCCUGAGGAGCUGCCACCGUCCCGCGGGGGCCUGGGCGAGGCGCUGGGCGCGGUGGAGCUCAGCCUCAGCGAGUUCCUGCUGCUCUUCACCACCGCCGGCGUCUACGUGGACAGCGCUGGCCGCAAGUCCCGCGGCCACGAGCUGCUGUGGCCAGCGGCGCCCACGGGCUGGGGCUACGCAGCCCCCUACCUGACAGUGUUCAGCGAGAACUCCAUGGACGUGUUCGACGUGCGGAGAGCAGAAUGGGUCCAGACCGUGCCGCUCAAGAAGGUGCGGCCCCUGAACCCGGAGGGCAGCCUGUUCCUCUACGGCACCGAGAAGGUCCGCCUGACCUACCUCAGGAACCGGCUGGCAGAGAAGGACGAGUUCGACAUCCCCGACCUCACCGACAACAGCCGGCGCCAGCUGUUCCGCGCCAAGAGCAAGCGCCGUUUCUGCUUCCGCGUGUCGGAGGAGCAGAGGCAGCAGCAGCGCAGGGAGAUGCUGAAGGACCCAUUUGUACGCUCCAAGCUCAUCUCGCCGCCCACCAACUUCAACCACCUGGUGCACGUGGGCCCCACGGCGGGGAAGGCCGGCGCUAGGGACCACCAGGCCCCGGAGAAGGCCCGAGGAGCCCGCAGCUCUGGCCCGCAGCGCCCGCACAGCUUCUCGGAGGCGCCGCGCCGCCCGGCGUCCAUGGGCAGCGCCGGCUUCCCUGGAGACGCAGAUCCCAAGAAGAGGAAGCCUUGGACGUCUCUGUCCAGCGAAUCGGUGUCCUGCCCCCAGGCCUCUCUGAGCCCCGCAGCCUCCGUGGUGCAGGUCUCAGAGCGGCCCCGGAGCCUCCCCCCAGCUCCCGAGUCCGAAAGCUCCCCUUGAGCCGUCUGGCGGUGCCCACCCAGUCCCAGGAGAGACGGACGCAGCGCGAGGGAGCACGGAGCUCCAGGAAACGCACACUCCAGCUGUCCCGCGAUGCAGACCCGGACAGGAGGGCCCGAGCCAGACAGUACCGGGGCCGGGGGCUGGCCUGGGUUCUCGUGGCUCCCAGCCUUCCACCCGCCAGCCCUGGAGGAGGAUGGCUGGGACUGGGCUGACCGUGCCAAAGCUCCCACUCCCGGUGCCACGCCCUGGGAGCUCGGAAGGAUCCGGUGAGGGAUGGAGAGGGACCCGGUCCCUGAGAGCAGGUGGCAUCCGUCCAUGGACUGUGCGGCCCCCGGCUGAGGCCCACAUGGGGCAGGUCUGGUUCUCUGCUCAGGACUGGGGGGCAAGGGAGGGCGGAGACCGGCUGUGAUGCAGAGGGAAGGAGGGGGAAGAAUG